AUGCGUCUUCUUCCUCUACUACAUGUCGCCUCGCAGUCAGGGCUGCCUCCCUUCGCGAUGUUUCCUCACCGCCGAACCAGUGUGCCGCCUUCCAGGGCCUUCUCCUCUCGCACGCUGCUCUUGCCCCUCCUGCUUGCUCUGUGCCUAACGCAUCUGGCCCGCAUCCUGGCAGGGGACGUGUUGGGGAACCAGGCCCCAGAAGAAGGCCUUGAUGCAGACGAUGCACACCCCAGGAGACCCCCCAAAUCAGGGGCCCCUGAUGGAGGGGGCGUAGAAAGUGCAAACGACCAACAGAGCGAGGGUCCAAAGAAAGCUUUGUGGGGCGUACCAGUGCCAAGCGUCUUUCAGGUUGCUGCUGGGGACCUGCAGGCUACGUUUCCAGUGGACCGCAGUUCGAAGCGCAGCACAACGCAUGCAUCCUUUUCCUGGCCUGGCGCUACUUCCCCGGGCGCCAGCAUCCGCCCGAAUGGAGAACUUCCAGCCACGACGGCCUCGCCCCCGUUUGGCGGCUUUCCGCAGGUGGCGCUCUUGCAGCUUCCCGACGCAAGUGUAUACAAGCGUGUAAACGCCUCCUUCAAUAGCGUUCUGGUGCUAACAGAUGUAGACGACACGUUGUGGAGCUCCGGCGCAGCCACAGUCUUUGGAAACCACCUAGGAGGCGUAGACAAUCAACUCGCGCGCGGGCUGCCCUAUCCGGGCAUAGGCACAUUGCUGUACUUCUUGGCCUUGGGGCCCCACACAUCCACCCCCAGUGGCCUGCGCAUUCCACUCGCGGAUUGUCCGUUCCGCCAGUUGUCUCAAACAGAGAACUGUCCCGUCGAGGUUAGCGGCACUCCGAAGCUGCCUCGCAGGCCGGGUGUCUUGUCUGCCCGUGUUUCUACGCCCGUGGUGGCCAAGGUAACACGGCCCCGAUCCUUUCGCAGUGAUGUUGAGACCAUCCUCACCGCAGGUCCCCGGCAUAUAUACAGCAGCGCCGUGGAUAGGUGGCCUGUCGGCUUCCAGAAUAACAUGAGCUUCACGAGCAUGCUGACUGGGCAGCACGCCAGGGGUAUUGCCAAGGUCGCCGGAUUCGUAGAUGCCCUAGGCCAGGGAGGAGGCCCUGCUGUGCUCGUGGGAGAUACUGGGGAGAAAGACCCCGAGGCUACCGCAGCGAUGGCGCUCAUGCACUCAGACUCCCUGGUUGCUGUGCUGUUGCAUUCCGUAUUCUCGCAUAGAUACGAAGAACUCAUGAGUCCGGCCUCUCCAGGCUCUGCACAACCGCGUGCCGUACUGGGGGCUUGCCUGCCUGUGCUCAGCGCCUCGGGCCGACAGACACCGGCUCUUCAGCUGGCGUACAGAGUACUGGCAGGAGUGAAGAACUUGGCUGUCAAUUCUGCUGCUGACCUCGACCCGGAGGUAGCGUACGCCGCGGGGGCCCAGAUGAGCGCUGAGAUGAGGCGGAUUUUCGCUGCAGCAACGAGAAGUCACCUUCUAGCUGCAGAGGCCGUGGGCAGGGGGGAGACCGUCACCCACCCUCCACCUCCGUGCAUUGUCUUCCUGCAUGUAGAGCAGCUGGACACUGAGGUUGUGCGGGAAUCGCGGCCAGCAGGAAUGGGUAGUCAGGUGGCCAAGCUCACCAGUUGGUUUGCCAGCAAGGUGGUCAGCUGGACCUCUAGGAAACUUCACUCAAACCAGGAGGAUCUCGAUCGACAAGGUAGGGACUGUCAGUGCAGCACUUUCCAGCAGCAGGCCGUGGUACAGCCCCUCUCCCUGCGGGCCCUGGUGCAUGGGGUGACUUCUCACGGCACUAUUUAUCCUGCCGGCGUUCCCUUUGGGAGUUACAGGACCGUGGUGGGCGCUGGAUUGGCUGCCUGGACUCUGGGUAUCAUUACAACACAAGACGUGCUGUCUCUUGUGGUGGCAACGGUUAGAGACUUCCGUUCCUUGGGUCCUCCCAUCCACUGUUGGCAGAGAACGCUGGUACUGGACAUGCUCGUCGAUGUCCUGGUGAGUUUUGCUUUGUCCGUUUCUCAGUCAGUCGAGUACUAUGUGGGGGCUCUGGGGUCUCGCACAGAUCUGCGCGAUCAUGCGGUGUACAAGGACGCUGUGGAUGCCCUGUGGGCGUUCGCCGAUUUCCAGAGAAAGCACUGUAACCGUCUGGAGGAGGAGGUUCUCGCCCUGGACAGCUGCCUCGAAGAGCUGGGGAGGGGCAUAGCGCAGUAUGCAGCCGCUAAGGGGGAUUCUACGCUAACGGACCAGCUGCUGCCACUGCUGGGCCUGGUCUGCCGCUACAAAGACCAGAUGGAACACUGGCUGUCUGCGGGUGCUGAAGAGGUAGAGAGCUUCUCCUUUAUUCUUGGGCGUGCGCUUACUAUUGGGGUUCUUGGCAGCAGCCGUCUGUACACAGAAACGCGAGGGCAACAGCAAGUACAGCAGCAGCGAGGGCCACAACAAGUGCAGCAGCAGCGAGGGCAACAGCAAGUGCAGCAGCAGCAUCAGGGUCAAGCGCAAACUCAGCACCUGCUGGAAGAUGCUUCCUUCCGCAAACUGCAAAGGGACGCUGCCCUGCUCCCCGAGCUGGCCGUUGAACUGCACGUUGGGCCAAACGAUGCCCCUGCUACGCUUUCUCGUGCUCUGCAGCAAAAUGCCAUCGAUGUGCAAACAGUUGAAGACUUGCAACCGUUCAUUGACGAGAUUUUACCUCGUGAGAUUCCUUCAGCGGAUCUUCCAAGGCCACCUCAAGAAGUAGGUGCCAGAAACUUGCAGGCUUUACGAAGCAGGAGCAUCGGCAGCAACAGCAGCAGCAGCAACGACGCGGAAAAGGUUUUAACGGGUGGCAAAGAGGAAGAUGAUGCAGACUUGCAGCCUCCGGGCAGUUGCUCACAUUUCAAGUCGGGCCCUGUAUGUGCUUGGCUGAACAACCUUAGGGCCUACUGUAAAAGCCCAGCGAACGCGAUUGGAGAGAAGGCGUGUUCGACGUUAAAGUGGUGGCUCUUCGGGUUCGAGGGAAGGGAGGGAUUUAAUUCCACUGGUGCAGAAAGCUCUCAAUUAAGAGGAGCUCUCGUCGGACUGGUGAGGGUGGCAGAAUAUAACGUACAGAAUCUACAGGGGGUAUUGGAUAUUCCUGGACUGGGAAUCGUCUUGGAGCCGUUCUCCAUGCGACCUGGUACGCAGCAGACACACUUGGGGGCAGUGGACGGUGACGGGGGGGGAUGGUUGGGAUGGAGGUGGGGAGUAGACGAGGGACCCUUAGUAGUGAGGAUCUGCGCCUUUUUCCUGCAAUGA